AUGGCUGCCAACUCUACUGGGGAAACGCCCACUGCUGGCGGUGCUACUACGCCUGGCGAGCAAGUUAAACCAUACCAAAUCCAUGUCUCAUCACGAUACCUUGAUCUCACCAAGGAGAAAUUGGAAAUUACUCGAUUACCUCACGAGUCUUCCAAACCAAAGUCGGAGGAUUGGUGGGAGCCAAAACCUCAAGUUGAGCCAUUAAUUGAUUUCUGGCUCGAAGAAUAUUCAUGGCGCACCAAGGAGGACGAGCUGAAUGCUCAGCUACCACAAUUCCGUACUGGAUUCACCAUUCCCCAAAGCGAAGCGCCGAUUAGGUUGCACUUUGUUCACAUUCGUUCUUCUCAUUCUCAUGCCUUGCCACUUCUCAUGAUACCCCCUUUUCCUUUUACAAACUUGUCAUUUGGUCAUCUCACCAAGGUCUUUGUCGAUCCCGAGGAUGCAGCAAAUAAUCAGCCGUUUCACCUGGUCAUUCCGUCGCUGCCGGGUCUGGGCUUUAGCGAUGCACUUCCCAAUAAUACGCCCGUGAUUUCCGCAACGGGAGAAAUGCUUAAUUCAUUAAUGGACAGGCUGGAAUAUCCUCAUUAUUUGGCCACAAAUCUGGGAUCGGGAUCAGCUUCGCCGGCGGAAAUUGAUUGGCAACUGGUCAACUAUCUGGCCGUCGAGCACAUGGACUCUUGUCGCGGUGCCCAUUUCAUCUCGCCGCCACUGGCACAGCCAAAAUUGAAAGAGGCGCCCGUUGAAUGGGCAAAAUGGUCACUGGCCAGUCUGUUCAAGAUGCCCAUGCUGGGAUACGUCAAGGAGGAUUUCUCGGCGCUUGAAAGGAGUCGGCCGGAAAAGAAGGGUAGCAAAUCCGUCACGGCACAGUUUGGUCUGAACCAAUUAGGUCUCCGAGAGCCCAAUACGCUGGCCUAUGCCCUGUGCGACUCGCCGACUGGACUGCUCGUCUUUGCAUUGAAAAGCCUGCAGACAUUGGGGCCAAAGAGGCAAUUCACUCCGGCAGAGAUCAUCACCUUUACACAAUUGGCGUGGUUGCCGGGGCCCGAGGCGGCCAUGAGGUUCUGGUCGUAUUGUCUGCAGCAUCCAGAGACGACUAUGAAAAAGGCUCCGCCUCGACCCAAGAUUGGCAUAACCGUGUUUCUCGGCGAUGAGGAGCCCGAGCCUCAGCCCGAGCCUCCGACCGAAGCACAAGCCGAGGCGCCAGCUAACGAGCAAGCCGAGACGCCGGCCGAUGGACAGGGCGAGGCUCAAGCUCCCGAGGCCCCUGCAGGUCCAACCCAAGACGUGGAAGCGCAAAAGAAGAUUCAAGUGCAAGACAAGGAAGCCUAUUCAUGUCCCAGCUGGGCAAAUGCUAGAUAUCACGUCCUCUACACACACAGAGCCAAUGGAAAAUCCGGUCUAUUGGCUUGGGAACGACCCGAGCUCAUUCUCAAUGGAGUACAAGGUCUGGCAAAAGAGGUCAUUAAGCUGGAUUCAAUGUUUCAACCACGGGCAGACGACACGGUUCCGUUGCAGCAGGUCGUCGUAGGAGACGAGAGUGCUACUGGACCAGACCCCGACAAUGCUACGGGCGAGGCUGCAGAGACGGUUCCUCGGCCUUCAAGUCCGGCAUCCGAAAAAGAAGCACCCGCUCAACCCAAAAUCAACACGAUAGACGGUCUCUUGGCCCCCAUUCCCGAAGAACGAGGGCAGCCGCAUCGGGAGAUAAGCGAAGAGACAAGAGUGGCGUCUGAUGCCGAGGAACAGGAAGCAAAAUUGACGGCCAAGAGUGAGGAUACUUUGGCUGGUUCAAGCCCGGGAAUGAAACCAGUCGAGUCGCCAUUGAGUUCUUGA